GUCCAGUUGUCGGCGCUCUCGGCAGGAUUGUUAAAAAAGAGUCUGUCUUUAGUUAGUUUUGUCGAAAAUCUCAUUGAAGAUAUUAACUUCAGUCUAAAAUCAUGGCCUCUUCGGACGUUGCUCGGCAGCCGGAUAAAGGAGUGCGACCCCUGAACCUGGCAGGCCACGUGGGCUUUGACAGCCUUCCAGACCAGCUGGUCAACAAGUCCAUCUGCCAAGGCUUCUGCUUCAAUAUCCUGUGCAUCGGUGAGACCGGUAUUGGCAAGUCUACACUGAUGGACACUCUAUUCAACACAAACUUUGAGAACUUUGAGUCGUCCCACUUUGAACCUCAGGUGAAGCUGCGGGCUCAAACCUACGACCUGCAGGAGAGCAACGUCAGGCUGCGGCUCACCGUGGUCAACACGGUGGGCUUCGGAGACCAAAUGAACAAACAAGAGAGCUAUCAGCCGGUGGUGGACUACAUUGACAAGCAGUUUGAGAGUUAUCUACAGGAGGAGCUAAAAAUCAAGCGAUCUCUGCACAACUACCAUGACUCACGGGUCCAUGCCUGCCUCUACUUCAUCUCUCCUUCUGGUCAUUCCCUAAAAUCCUUAGACUUAGUCACCAUGAAGAAACUCGACAGUAAGGUGAAUAUCAUCCCUGUGAUCGCCAAAGCUGAUACCAUCAGUAAGAGUGAGCUGCACAAAUUCAAGAUCAAAAUCAUGAGUGAACUGGUCAGCAACGGUGUCCAGAUUUACCAGUUCCCCCUGGACGAUGAGACGGUGGCCAAAGUCAACUCCAGUAUGAACGGCCAUUUGCCAUUUGCUGUAGUCGGCAGCACAGAGGAAGUCUCCGUCGGCAAUAAGAUGGUGAAAGCACGCCAGUAUCCGUGGGGAGUUGUCCAAGUGGAGAACGAGCAUCAUUGUGACUUUGUUAAACUGAGGGAGAUGCUCAUCUGUGUCAACAUGGAGGACUUGAGAGAGCAAACCCAUACGAGGCACUAUGAGCUUUACAGGCGAUGCAAACUGGAGGAAAUGGGUUUUAAGGAUACGGAUCCAGAGUGCAAACCUGUCAGUCUGCAGCAGACGUACGAGGCCAAGCGUCAGGAGUUCCUGGUGGAACUGCAGAAGAGAGAGGACGAGAUGAGGCAAAUCUUCGUCCAGAGAGUGAAGGAGAAGGAGUCGGAGCUGAAGGAGGCUGAGAGGGAGCUGCAGGGCCGUUUCGAGCAGCUCAAGCGCCUCCAUGCGGAGGAGAAAACGGCUCUGGAGGACAAGAGGCGGCUUCUGGAAGAGGACCAGAGCUCCUUCAGCAAGAGACGAGCCGCCGCUCAGCUCCUUCAGGCGCAGAGCCUCACAGCCAAUGGCAAGAAAGACAAGGACCGCAAAAAUUCUGGCUUCAUGUGAAGACGUGUGGAUCUGCAGUUCGCUCCAUCAUGACCAGCGGAACCAGUGACAUCGUCUCCACAGCAGCUCCAGCCAGUCCCAAACACUAACCAGAGAAGUCCAAAUGCCAAAGUUUAAAGACUGUUUCUGAAGAUCAUUUGUACACUUUCUUUCAAGUUAUUUUUACUCUCUUUUGUAGGUUUUAUUGCUUUUUUUUUGUGUAUUGAUAUAUAUUUAUCCUUUUUUUAAUUUUUUUUUUAUACAAAAUCUCAAAUCUUUUCUACACCUUUCUUUUUAACUUUUAGCCACAUUGAGGGGAAACCUCAUACAGCCUCCUCACUGAAAGCUGUUUACACAGCUAAAGACUUGCACAGGUACAAAUGUUACGGUUGGAGAGACUUCGUCUGCUUUUACAUAAUCCUUCAGAGGUUUCCCAUAACAUUACUUAAAAAUAUAUAUAAAUAUAUAAUUCCAUAACUCCAUUUUCAAGUGGUAGUUUCACGUGUGUGUCCCCAGUUCUGAAUCUGUAAAUGGCCAGUUUUUCUAGGAGUUACUAUUUUUUUGUGUGUGUUUGUGUCUAUAUACACAACUAAAAACACUUAAUCUGAGUUUUUCAUCACAGUUUAAGUUUGAAUUGACAGAAUGUUUUUCUUCCCUGUCCUUGAGUGCAUAUUUGAACUGACUACCAACUCAAACUUUAAGAUAAAGCAACCAGUUCACAUGUUUUGGGCCACAUGUCUGAAAAUGUGAUUCAGAGUCUUGCAUGGUUUUGUGACACCACAGACUGAAAUGUGAUGGAUCUGCAGGACCUCAGUUCACGCAAAGCUGUAUAAACACUUUGAAAAGAGGCACGCCCUACAGAAGAGGAAUGCAGAGUUGAGAUGACGCCCUCAGACUGAUUAAAUGAUUUGGGGGGGCUCUUUUCUGUUUUGUAAAGGGUUUGAACUGUAUCUGUUACCAUUAUGUAAAGUUUUUUUUGUGUAUAUUCAUCACCACCACCAUCAUCAUGUUGUUCAGAGUUGUAGACGGAGGGCAUUACAUAAAAGGCUGCAGCUGCAACACUUGCACUAAUGUGUUCAUCCCAAAGGGAAUCGGCAGUAACGUUAACAUCAUCUGUAGGAAGCGUGGCUUAAGAACGGUCCAAGUGAAUGCCAGGAUGCAAAUUUUCCCAGCAGAACAAAAAAACUGGUAUUGCAUGAUAUGCUCUAAAAAGUAAUCGAUUAUUGAUCAUGCAAAGGAAUAGAGGGCAUUUUAUCUCUGUGCCGAUCAGUUUUUUUUUUUUUUUUUUGUGUGUGGUAAAAUGCGGAAAGGUGUAAAUCAGGACACUGUGGUGCUGGUUUGUAAGACUUCUAGAUUUGCCAAACGACUCACUUUAACUGACACUUUACUCACACUAGCGGUUCAGGAUGUUUUUAGUGCCUUAUGUCUGAACUUUAGAAAUACACUACACAUAUACUGACACCUGCAGGGGAAAAGACACAUGUAUACCACAGUUGGUUUUAAGGAAUAUACAGUAUUAUUUGGGAGCUCUUUUUCCUUCUUUUUAAAUAAAUAAAUGAAGUUUUGUCAC